CUGCAGUCUCUCCUCUAACCUCCUCUGUUCGCGACAGAAAGCCGUUAGUCCCUCUAUCUAGGCCUUGCAGAAUUCCCUCAAGGCAGUGUUCGUAUCAUCUUGGACGCCUGAAAACGCGAGGCAGCUGUCGCCUCCUUCGUUCCUCAUAAGCUGAACUUCCAAGGGACGGACAGACAAGAAGAUAUCAUUAGAAUUCCACCCCUUAUAAUCCUUCAGGAUGGCGGAAAGCGAGCUCGCACCCAAGUUUGCGCCAUUCUUUUCCUUCGCUGGUAUUGCCGCAGCAAUGAUCUUUGGGUCAUUGGGAGCAGCGUAUGGGACGGCGAAGUCCGGGAUAGGUAUUGCAGGUGUUGGGACUUUUAGACCAGAUUUGAUAAUGAAGUCACUAAUCCCCGUGGUCAUGUCCGGUAUCAUCGCUGUUUAUGGUCUCGUUAUUGCUGUCCUUAUAGCCGGUGAUGUGUCUCCCACACAGACCAUGGAUUUGUAUUCAGGCUUCAUGCAUCUCGCAGCAGGGUUGUCCGUGGGUCUUGCAGGCGUGGCAGCUGGAUAUGCUAUUGGGAUUGUAGGCGAUGCGGGUGUGCGCUCUUAUAUGCAACAAUCGCGUGUCUACGUCGGAAUGAUCCUCAUUCUGAUUUUCGGGGAAGUCCUAGGUCUUUACGGUCUAAUUGUUGGUCUGAUCCUCAACUCCAAGACCUAAGCCUCAGGUCUUGUUCGUCUGCUUUGCCACAACUAUCUGGCUAUAUGCUAUGCACGGGAUGUGAUACUCUAUAGCUUUCUGUUUCUAUAUCAAUUCGUUAUCUCGAUGCUAUUCAGAACACGCGGGAAGCAAGCCAACCCUUUCCAGCGCCUUCUGUUAAGCGCUCUUGUAUAUUUCUAUUGGUUUUCAUGCAACUCAACUGAGUUCAUGGGGUAUAUGGAUGAGUCGGCGGCGGCCUAGGGAGCUACAGAAACGUGUCGGUCCAUGGCAGCAUAGAAUAAGCUGAAACGAAAAAGAACAAUAACAAUUGCAAGCCCUUG